AUGGGAACAGGAUUCAAAUCCUAUCCAUGGCUUGCACUUCCAGUUCCAGUUCCCUUUCCAGAUCCUCCCUCCUACUGUGUAGACACUAAACAGCGACAGGUCAGCCAUUACCACUCGGUGCUAUCUUGCCGCCUUGCUUGCCGACUUGUUCCUACCCCACCAUCGGUCUUUGGCAAGCACUGCGAUCACAUGUACUUGCGCCGCGCCGACCAACUCUCCACCCCUCUCUAUUCGGAGAUAUUGCCAACGCGCCGCCACGCCCUAUGGGAACAUGCUCCUCACCCGACCCUGAAUGCACGGCCUCACUUGCAAUGCCCUCAUGGUGGAGGAACAAACGAAGUUGCUCUUUCGCUACCAACGCUGCUUCGGCUCAAUAAAUCAUACAUCGUACCUCUUUCCCUGCACAGCGGAUUUGCGAAGAGAGGGUGUGUCAACCAACGUAAGCCCGAACCGUGUGUUCCCAACGAAGAUUGA